AAGUGUCUUUGUCACAUGGCCGAUGUCUACAGCACCGAUCAGAGAAGCACCACCACUGCUGCGGAAGGACAAGCGCGUCGCUGGUGGAAAGAGUCCGGUGAAGACUGCUUGGGCAAAGGAAGGGAGUAGCAAGUCGUUGAUUCCGGCUGUCGGGGGCAAGUACUCUGUCUCUGCAACGCCUCCUCCGACAUCCACAACAACAGCCACUGCUUCGCCAUCCCCAACUAAACCAGCUCCGAGCAAACCACUGCUCCCUGCAGAAACAGCUUCCCCCGCUCAAAUGUCCCCACCAAAGCAUCAAAUAAUGUCCCCCGCAAAGCCCAAGAAGGACCUUGUGGAUCCUCCUCCGCAGACUCCAUCCCCUUCCGCCCCCACACCCCCAGUAGCCACGCCUGCAGCAGCAGACCCUUCCAAGGCAAUCCCUGAAGCUGUGCCAUCGUCGCCAUCUCUAGCCCCCGACGGACGACGUGCGGUGAAUGACACGCCUGACUUCGAAACCCCGCUGGGCAUCUUUGGGCCACAGUUGCAGCAGCGAGAGACGGAAGAUCUGUGCUUUGCCAUGGGCAUGACAACCCUCGAAGUGCAAAAGCUCGUGGCGAUUUUCAACGACAUCGAUCUCAAUUGCUCGGGGCUCAUUAAUCUGAGGGAACUCUACUUUUUACUCGACACGCCCCAGAACAAGUACACGUCCUCGAUCCUCCGCUUCAGCACCCACCAAAGCGACCCCGUGAAGCUCGACAUCGACGACUUCGUUCGCAUUGUGUGCACCUUUGCGCUCAUGUCCCAAACUGACAUCUACCGGUUCUGCUUUGACACGUUUGACGAAGACGACUCGGGGUCGUUGAGCAAAGACGAGUUUGUCGUCAUGUGCGACUCGAUCCAAAUCAAAGGCGACGGGUUCUUCCAGGGCAACUUCAAGAAGGCGAUGGAAGCAUUCGACGCCAACCACGACGGACUGCUGGACUUUGCCGAGUUUAUCGAAAUGAACCGCAAGUUUCCGCUCGUGUUUUGGCCGCUGUUUCAUUUCCAAGAAACGAUGCAGGAAAAGACGCUGGGCAAGCGCAUGUGGACCAAGAUCCGCGCGCGCCAGCUGCAAAUCGACGCGUGGCGCCACUACAUGAAACGAUUCCUCGGGCGGGCGCCGCCGCCGACGUGGAAGGAGCGCUGGUGCGGAUGCAUUUCCACGGACCAGCGGCUCCGCCUCAUCGCAGCCCAAUUGUACGACCAAGAUCAACUGCACCUCAAAAUGCAAACAAAAAGUCACCCUGGAGGCAAACGAACCGAGCCGGACCGAAAGUUGCUGCAGCGGGGGACCUCCAAGGGAGAGGCGUCAAGUCGAAACACGAAACACAGCGCACUCCCCACGACUACUAGUAGUAGUACUAGUACUACUACUACUGGAAGUAGGACGAGCCACGUUGGCAACCCAACCCACAAGUAAUGAUGCCAAUGGAUGGUUGCGAUUGUUGUGCUUUCGAGGAGUGGUUCCUCGUUGCGUGUACAGUAGUACGAAGUACGAGUACUAGUAGUAGUGUUGACGGCA